AUGUGGAGACGAUUCUCGCCUCCGUCGCGCAAGACGGGCCGGCUCCUCAUCACCCAUGAGGCCGUGCAGCGUUGCGGUUGGGGAGCGGAAAUCGCCGCCAUGGCCGCCAAGGACGCUUUCGAUUAUCUCGACGCACCCAUCGAGCGCGUCUGCGCCAAGGAAACGCCGGUGCCCUUUUCGCCCAAGCUGGAAUCCUACGUCAUUCCCGACAAGGAUGACGAGCAAAGAUUCAUGGCCACUCCCCUCCCGAUGCCCAAACUCGGCCUCACCAUGGAAGAAGGCACCAUCCUCAAGUGGCGCAAGGGCGAGGGUGAAGCGGUCGAAAAGGGCGAGAUUAUUCUCGACAUCCAGACCGACAAGGCGACUGUCGUUCCCUGCGGCACGGACAUCGCCGUCAUCGGCGAGACGGGAGAGGACAUCAGCGGCUUUGGAGGCGGCGGGCCCGCCGAAACCCCCGUGGAGGCGGAACCCGGCGCGGCGGAUGCGCCCCCGGCGCCACCACCUGCCCCUGCUCCUCCCCUGUUCCAGCGGCGCCCCUCCCCGCACAGCCGGCGCCUGCGGGCAGCGGUUUUCGCCAGCCCGGCGGCAAGGCGCGUGGCUCGUGAACUCGGAAUCGAUUCCGCGCCCUCACAGGCUCGAGGCCCCGGCGGAAGAAUCGUGCAGGCCGACGUGCGAGCGGCGGCGGCAUCGGGCCUUACCGCUGCGCACGGCCGCCGCGAGCGGCCCCGCGGCCGUGGCCGCUUCCACGCCCCUGGCCGGUAUGCGGAAAAUCAUCGCCGAUCGCAUGCUCUCAGUUGGUCCCAGGUGCCGCGAAUCACCAUGCAGGCCGAGGUGGACCUCACGAACCUCCUCGCCGUGCGCGAAGCCGGCCGCCAGGCGUGGGAGAACGACCUCGGCGUCAGGGUAUCCAUCAACGAUCUCAUCCUCUUCUACACCGCCCGCGCCGUGCGCCGCUGCCCGGCCGUGAACGUCCGCCUCGCCGAAAACGCCCUGGAACAGAUGCGGGAUGUGAACAUCGGGGUGGCGGUAGCCGUCGAGCAGGGACUGAUGGUGCCCGUCAUCCGGGGCGCCGACCAGAAAUCCAUCGACGCCAUCUCGCGCGAGUCGAGAGCGCUGGCCGAGGCGGCCCGCGCGGGCGCCUUGGGGCUGGAUGCGCUGGAGGGAGGCACCUUCACGGUCUCGAAUCUGGGCGCCUACGGGGUGGACCAUUUCAGCGCCAUCAUCAACCACCCCGAAUCCGCCAUCCUCUCCGUGGGCGCGGCGCGAGAGCGCGCCGUGGUGCGAAACGGCGAGGUCGUGGCCCGGACGACGGUCUACGUCGGCAUCAACGCCGACCACCGCCUGGUCGACGGCGCGCCGGCGGCCGAGUUCCUUUCUACGCUCAAAGGACAUGCUGGAGCACCCCAAGGUGAUGCCCGCAUAAACAACAACCCUUCUAGUAUCAAUAUCUUGCAAUGA